GGUUGAUCGUACGUAACCACCGCCCCCACCCCCUGUCUCCUCUCUCCCUCUCUCUCGUACGCGGUCCGCCCACGUUCUCCGACGCUGUCUCCCCACCAUCUCCAUCUCCAUCUCCAUCUCCAUCUUCAUCUUCAUCUUCAUCCUCUUCCGCCAUCUCUCUCUCUCUCUCUCUACUUUUCCUUCACUGCAAAGUCUCUCUCCCUCUCUCUACUUUUUCCGAUCGAUCCGUCCAAUCGCCGCCGCCAUGUCGUCCCGCGCCUCCAAGCCCUCGCUCUAUCCGGACGUCCCCCGAUCCAACCCGGACUCCUCCUCCCCCUUCGUCUCCAACCCUAACAACCCCCGACCCGCCGCCCCCUCCUCCAACCUCUACCCUUCCCUCGACAUGAAGGACCUCCACGAGAACCUCUUCCCCGACCCUAACUACGGCUACGACCCCUCCUCCCACCGCGGCGGCCCCGGCCUCGACGCCGACGCCGCCGCCGCCGCCGCCGCCGCCGCGGCGGAAGACGCCCUGCGGUCCCCGUCCGCGCCCCCCGACUCCUCCGAGGAGGUCCUCCUCCGCGUCCCCGGCGCCAUCCUCCACCUCAUCGACAAGGAGUACAGCGUCGAGCUCGGGUGCGGGGACUUCUCCCUGAUCGCCCUCCGCCAGGGGGAGAACGCCGUCGCCGUGCUCGCGCGCGUCGCGGACGAGGCCCAGUGGCCCCUCACCAAGGACGGGGCCGCGGUGAAGGUCGACGACUCGCAUUACUUCUUCUCGCUCCGCGCCCUGGAGAAGGCGAAGUCCGGGUCCGACUCGAGCGACGACGAGGGGAAGAAGGGAGGCGGGGCGUCGGAUGAUCCGUUGAAUUACGGCUUGACCUUCGCGUCCAAGGGGCAGGAGGGGGUGUUCAGGGAGUUGGACGCGAUCUUGGAGAAGUACAGUGCGUUCUCGAUACAGAAAGUGUCUCGAAAGGCGCAAAAAGGAGAGGCCUUGGAUGCUACCGUGGCGAAGGAGACUUCGCCGGCGGAUUUGCAAUCGGACGGGAAGAAGAAGGAGAUCAUGGAGGAUAAGUGUAGGGCAUAUUGGACGACGUUGGCGCCGAACGUUGAGGAUUACAGUGGGACCACAGCGAAGUUAAUUGCAGCAGGGUCAGGACAGCUGAUUAAGGGUAUUUUGUGGUGCGGAGAUGUGACUGUGGAUAGAUUGAAUUGGGGGAAUGAGGUAAUGAAAAAGAGGAUGACUCCUGCAGAGAAGGCAGAGAUCGAUAAAAAAACACUGAAGAGAUUAAAAAGGGCAAAGAAGAUGACAAGGAUGACUGAGAAAGUAGCAACAGGUGUUCUAUCUGGGGUUGUUAGAGUCUCCGGUUUCGUCACAAGUUCAGUUGUAAAUUCUUCAGUGGGCAAGAAAUUUUUUGGUCUACUACCAGGGGAAAUGGUCCUGGCUUCACUUGACGGAUUUAACAAGGUGUGUGAUGCGGUCGAAGUGGCUGGAAGGAAUGUCAUGGCUACGUCCUCUACUGUGACAACUGGACUUGUAUCCCAUAGGUAUGGAGAAGAAGCUGGCAAAGCAACACAUGAAGGGCUUCAUGCGGCAGGGCAUGCCAUGGGGACAGCAUGGGCUGUUUUUAAGAUCAGAAAGGCAUUUAACCCUAAGAGCGUUAUUAAACCUUCUACUAUUGCCAAGUCUGCUGCUAAAGCUGCUGCUGCUGAGGCGAAAGCUAAAAGCAAGAAAUCGAAGUGAUUCCUUUAUGGAGAGUUUGAAUUGGUGAUAGGUUAGCAGGGUUUGCAUUGCCUUUUUCGUUGCUGAAAUCAAAAUUGAGAUUCAAGCAAAUUGUCAUAUACCUGUGUUUUGUUAGUAGGUAGUGCAUGAAUGGUUUUGUAGCUAACUUCUGUUUUUUCCUUACCAAUUCUAUUGGUUGUAAGUUGAUAUAGGAACCGUGGAGGAAUUCCCAGAUUUGAUGUGUUUUAGGGAUAAUAUCAUAAAUUUCUUGAUGUCAGUUGGGUUCUCUUAUCUGGGAUGUUGACAUUAAUUUAUGUUCAUGAAAUGACUUUCAGGCAUUUGAUGGUUUU